AUGGUCGACGUGCCCAGGAAUUUUCGUCUUCUCGAAGAAUUGGAAGACGGCCAGAAAGGAAAGGGCGAUGGCAACAUCUCAUGGGGUCUUGAAGAUGAUACUGACAUGACGCUCACGAGGUGGACGGGUACCAUAAUAGGACCACCCAGGACACCAUAUGAGUCUCGCAUUUACAACUUGCAUGUGGAGUGUGGGCCUAAUUAUCCGAAAGAAGCUCCUAGCGUCCGUUUUACUACGAAGAUCCACAUGAAUGGUGUUAAUCAGACAACUGGAGUGAUCGACAAGAGAAACCUCAGUACUCUGCGCUCAUGGAAUGGAAGCUUUAUGAUCAAGUCUGUAUUGGAAGAUAUUCGAAAGAACAUGAUGUGUGCAAAAGAGAACAUGAAGCUGCCCCAGCCAGCUGAAGGCGCUACUUUCUAA